AUCAAGUGUCAAUUUUUAUCACGUGACCUUUUUUAACGCUGAAAAUUAGCGUCAAGCGUCAUCAUGAAAAGGCAUCUGAAGCGUCGUACUAUUUUGCAGCUGACAAAUUUCCUAACCUCAAUAAUCGAUAACUUUAACGUUUGAUAUCUUAGUUUUCGGAGCAGAGCGACACUUAUUUCCGCCAGAUUCUUUCGUUUCGUGCAAAAACGCGUCGAAUAAGUCUAAUUUUAUUAAUUUUUAGCCGCUCUAGCUAAACUAAUUAUUCCCAUUUUUAACACACAUUAUUGAAAUGAUAUAAACUGAUACAUUUGUAAUCUUUAAAUAUAAAAUGAGAAUUAAUCUUCAACAAAAUUUCAAGCAGUUUUGUAGGUCACGGCAUUUCUUGCUACAUACAUUACCCACAGAAACUCCAAAGAAAAAUAUAAUCAACACGAGAUUAUUUGUGCCAGAACCAGAAUAUGACAUAGAUUUUGUAUGCAAUCCUGCAAACCGUGAUAUUAUUUUCAGUAAUAUUAAAAAUCGAAAAGGUAUUGGAGAUAUUGAUAAAGUUCUCGAAUAUUCUGGCAAUGCCGAGAAGCAAGAAUUGCUUUUGCAAGAAUUAAGUAAAAUACCAAAUUGUACACAUCCUGCAGUAAUUGAGUACGGGGAUGAACCAAGAUUGCUAAAGAAAUGUGGCAGAAAACCACAAUUUGACUUUGAGCCACAAGAGUUUGCUGAACUUGCCACUAAUUUAAAAGCAAUAAGAACCCAUACACUUGGUCCUGUUACCGGACAAAGAAGCUAUAUACUUUUAGGAGAUUUAGCAGAAUUGGAAGAAGCAUUAGUUCAGUAUACACUUAGAAGAUUGAUGAAGCAUGGAUUUAAAUUAUUGUCAGUACCUGACAUCAUUCUUACUGAAAUAAUCGAAAGAUGUGGUUUAAUAGUGAAUAAUAAUCGGACUUUAGUAUACAAUUUAGAUUCUCAUUAUGAUGAUAAUUAUAGUUUAUCUGGAACUGCAGAAAUGUCAUUAGCUAGCAAAUUGAUGAAUACUAUAAUUUCCUAUGACACACUACCAAUGAAAUUGGCCGCUGUCAGCCGAUGCUAUCGUGCAGAGGGUUCAGGUUCUCUAGAUGAAAGAGGAAUCUAUAGAGUUCAUCAAUUUACUAAAGUGGAAAUGUUUGUUUGCUCCAAACCAAAUCAAUCUGAGGAAGUGUUUCAAGAUCUUCAAAAUAUACAAGAGGAAUUGUUCUCUUCAUUAGGAUUGCACUUUCAAAUAAUGGAUAUGCCAUCACUUGAUUUAGGUUCAUCAGCUUAUAGGAAAUGUGAUAUGGAAGGUUGGAUGCCUGCAAGAAAAUUGUAUGGUGAAUUAUCCAGUUGUAGUAAUUGCACGGAUUAUCAGUCAAGGCGCCUCAAUAUUAAAUAUAGAACGAAAGAUGGAAAUACAGCUCACGUGCAUACACUAAAUGGAACUGCGUGCGCGAUACCUCGCAUGUUAAUCGCAUUGUGCGAAACAUAUCAAACAAGACAUCAUCGUAUCACUGUGCCAAAUGAGUUGGUGCCUCUGAUGAAGGGUAAAACACUCAUUAAAAAGCAACCAAUCGCAGAUAUGAGAAUUUACAAAUAUAAACAAAAAUUAAAUGUAAAAGAAAAAGCUGGAUAAAGUAUAAAUAUUGCAACUAUUGCCUAUGAAUGAAUACUGUGAUCGUAGGUUGAACACAUUUCUUUUCUAAAUCAA